CUCAGUGGAUGUCAGGGAAGGUUAUGAGUGUACCUGGCUUUUCAGUGGGGCAGCACUUGGUGAGGAUCAUUCUGCAGAUAGAUACAUGAACGACUAGAGCAAAUCAGCAGCAGUUAGCAGGAGGGGGCAGUUUGGGCUGGUGGCAUGAAAGCUGUAGCCCCCUAUAGUUUGUCUCCAGCCUGCAGGAGAAACAGGUCUCCCCUAUCUCCCAUGUUAUCCACAAUUCACACCAGAUCUGAGGACUCUGAAGUGCAAGAGAGAUGAGAUCCGGGUAAAGCUGCAUUUUUCUGUGCAGGAUACAAGAUAGUAGACUGGGCUGUUCUCAGAGGGAUUACAGUCUGCACUGUAUCACAAGCAGAGAGGCUUUGGAGAACUCAGAGAGAAGAGAAAUGACUCCAUUCAGAGGAAGGAUGAGGAGGCAGGUGUAAUGAAUGGAUGAAUGGCUCACUUUCUGGGUGUCUACAGAUGUCUCCGGUGAAUUUCAUGCAUGGCAAGGAGGAUAAAAGGAUUGCUGAUCUCAAACAUGCUGCAAUCCUUGAUGGAAAAUAAAGAAAAUUGGCCAUCUGGAGGUCACAAAGCAACAAGGACAAGAUAAUAUAAGAAGACACUCAAUAAGAAUGCUUGACCAGAGAAUGAAGUGGACACUGCAGGGACUUCUGUCCUUUUUGGUCAAAAAUCAAUUGUCAUCUAAUUAUCAACACAGCAAUAAGACUUGGAACAUUAUGGAAGAUCAGCGUGUUUGGUUUAUGGGCAGCGGACAAUACUUGGCAUUGUUGCUCACAGUUCUUUAUCUGAAAUUAAAUGUUUCCCAAAAGCACAAUCGGUAAUAGCCACCUGCAAAUGAUGAGUACGUUUAGUGGCACAGGGAUGCUAAUCGGUCUGACCACAGUAUCGGUUACCCUAGAUAUCAGUAUACACAAUGGACUGAUGGCCUGGCAUAUUAACAGCAAUGCAACUUUAAAUCAGAGUAUGUCAAUGCUGGAUCCUGCAAAUUCAUCUGAAGAGGUGGAGAUAUCCCAACCAUUGCUUGACAAGAACUGGUUUGCCCUUUUGACUUUGAUUAUCAUUAUUUUGACUAUAGGGGGAAAUAUCCUUGUCAUUAUGGCUGUAUCAUUGGAGAAAAAACUUCAAAAUGCAACCAACUUCUUUCUCAUGUCCCUUGCCGUGGCAGAUAUGCUGGUGGGAAUUUUGGUCAUGCCAGUUUCUCUAAUUACAAUUCUGUAUGAUUAUGCCUGGCCUUUGCCCCAGAAGCUGUGUCCUGUAUGGAUCUCACUGGAUGUAUUAUUUUCUACAGCAUCUAUCAUGCAUCUCUGUGCAAUCUCUCUCGAUCGGUAUGUAGCAAUACGUAACCCCAUAGAGCACAGCCGCUUCAAUUCUCGUACUAAAGCUAUGAUGAAGAUUGCUGCUGUGUGGACUAUAUCGAUGGGUAUUUCAAUGCCAAUUCCUGUCAUUGGCCUUCAAGAUGACUCCAGAGUAUUUGUGAAUGGGAGCUGUGUGUUGAAUGAUGAAAAUUUUGUACUACUUGGAUCUUUUGUGGCAUUUUUUAUUCCACUUAUCAUCAUGGUGUUUACUUAUUGCCUGACCAUUCAAGUACUGCAAAAACAGGCAACUGUCUUCAUGUACGAGGAAGUGCCAAAGCAAAGGAAGAACAGUCUUAAUGUUCUAAAGAAAGACAGCAACACAGAAAACAUUUCCAUGAUCCAGAAUCAUGAGGCAGCAUCUCACUUAAACUCUCCCGUAAACAAAGAGGGGGCGCUGUUUCGUAAGGGGACCAUGCAGUCAAUAAACAAUGAGCGCAGAGCCUCCAAAGUCCUUGGGAUAGUCUUCUUCUUGUUUCUCAUCAUGUGGUGUCCUUUCUUCAUCACAAAUAUCAUGUCUGUACUUUGCAAGGAGGCAUGUGACAAAGACCUCAUGGUGGAGCUCUUGAAUGUAUUUGUUUGGAUUGGUUAUGUUUCCUCAGGAAUCAACCCACUAGUCUACACUCUUUUCAACCGAACAUAUCGAAGAGCUUUUGCCAACUACAUCCGCUGUCAGUAUGACAAUAGCAGAAAAACAAUGCUGCAACCAAACCAAUGUCUACACAACCCACCAUCAACCGUCGGGUUUGGCAAGGACCUUAAUUUAAAUAAUUACAGAAAUGGCAAUGAACUACUUAGCAUGGAAAUGGAUGAGACAGAGGAAGCCAUCGAAAUGCAACCUGGAAUUUCUGAAUUAUCAUUAAACAGUUCUAAUGUUGUAAGUGAAAGAGUUAGCUGUGUUUAAAGGAAGGUCAUAUAAACCUUCACUAUUUUAGGUCAGUUUAAUAUAUUUGUGUGAAAUAAAAAAUAUAUGUUAUGUUGAAAAUAAUAAUGUAAAUAUUUGUUCUAAAAGAAAAAUAGAAAUUUUUUAAGACAUCUUUGCAGUCCAGUGCUUCAGUCCGAUGUUUCAAGUCAGAGUUAAUUUCCUGUUGGGACAGAAAUACCAUAGUGAUUAUUUUGGUGAUAUGAUUGGCAGAAUGUGAUAGCCUUCUCUUUAAGUGCAUGCACAACUAUUCUGAUGACAUCAUAGAUCAAUAUGCAAGAGAUCAAUUUUUUCAUGCAAAGUUUAGUUAAGUGAUUCAUUAAAGAGUACACAAAGACUAACAUCAACAUUCUGAAUUGCUGCCUAGAGUAUGUUUGUUAAACGUUCAUUCUUCAAAAUUAUAAUAUAGCAACGUAAAUUGCCUAUUUUUGUGUAGUUAGAUAUUUUAUUUUAGAAUGCCAUAAUGUUAUGCAAAGUAUUAUCCCUAGUGUAAUAUAUAAUGAUACAGUAUUAUAAGUCACUACGGCAUUUAAUGAAAGCACAGAAAUUUGAAGUCAACUAUAUAUCUUUAUAAUCUACAGUAGUGGGUUUGUUAUUCUUUAUAAUACACAAGUUUUCCUGAUUAAUGCUUUACAGAUAAACAUUUGACAUGAGUCUAUCAUAUAUAUAUAUAUAUAUAUAUAUAUAUAUAUAUAUAUAUUAGAAGCAGGUGACGACUGAGAAAUAAAGUGGCCUUGGAAAAUAUUUAAAAGUAGCUCAUGCUGUAUGUUGAAUCUAUUUUUAGUAGGUUUGGUAAAUGGUCAUUUAGUGAAGCAUGCACGCUCUUCACCUUAAAGCUGGCACACCACCAGAGCAGGCAUUUGCCAUCAUGCAGAGUGUAAUAGGCUCCACUCAUUGCCACACCCACUGCACACAGCACUGUCAGCAGUGCAGCGUAAAGCAGGGCAGAGACUUGACUGAGUGGAGAACAAUCCCCCAAAAUUAUUGCUUUCUUACCUGUUAUUGCAGCUUUAACUAGCUGCUUCUAGCACAGUGGUUCCCAAACUUUUUUGAAUUAUGACUCCCUAGAGUAUCAGAAUAAUUUUAUUGGCACCCCAGGGCCAAACGUUUGUUAUUGAGACAUUUAGAAAGAAAUAGUAAAUUAAAUAAAUUGUGUUUAUAUGUUAUCCUUAGGUUCAGUUGUGUGAUGAGGGACAAUAUUUGCUUCUGUUUGUCCAAGUAUUGCACUGGUUUUGCCUAGUACAUUGACCAUAAAUAAUUUGAAUUGGUCCUGGACCACCAAUCGAAGGCACCCCUGCAAUGGCACACAGUUUGAGAACCACUGUUCUAGCAUCUUAAGCUCAUCUUCUUCUUGGCUGUAAUGUUGGAGCCCCAUUUGAAAAAAAUAUCACCUCCUGGAAAGCUGGGCAAUGAGUAAACAUUCACAGUCCAUAAGUAGGUCUCCUUGCCUCCAACCAACCUUGACAAAUUACAUUUCGUAAAUAUGACUCAUUAUCUGAUAGUUUGGUCCUUAAUUAAGUGAAUUGGCUUUAUUUUCUCCAAUAAAAAUCACCCACCAAUGAAGUUAACAAACCCUAGCACCAUGCCAACAAUACAUUAUUUCUCCCCACCCACCAUUAACUUAAACUUUCUCCUACUAUUACUAGUGUUCAUUCUAGCACCAUGCACCUUUCAAAAUCCAUGCAGUUCCUCUUUCCUGCCUGGGGUGUCGCUCUCUGCUCUGGUACUUCUCAGCACACACAGGUCUGUAUCACAGCACUGAGUUACAGAUCAGAGUGUGCGGAGAAGCACCACAGCAGAGAGCGACACCCCAGGCAGAAAACAGGAACUGCACAGGUUUUGAAAGGUGCAGGGUGCUAGAAUGAACACUAAUUACAUUAGUAGCCCACAUACCCCUCUACAUUACCCACUUACAUUAAUGCCUGCCUCCCGCUCACCUUCUUCCAUCUGUAAAUGCAUGUUAGAAAAAAGGAAGACUCCUUAGCCUGCCUUUCUCCCUGCACAUGUGUUGUGUAACACUUUGCUCAAAAGGUAAGUGCCUCAUGUCUGAUAGACUGACUGGCUGUCAGUAGCCUUGUACAUGACAGUUAACAAGGAGGGGUCAUGUACUGCAAACCAGCCUGCAGCCUGGAGCUCAAUUCCUCUGCUGCAUGUGGCUAUCAGCCUAGGCUGGCAAACAAGGAGCUGAGUUGGCCAGGGAGCUAGAGGUGGCUCUGCAAAAAGCAGUAUGACAUAGUUGACUGGUCUAACCGCCACCCUGAUGGCCCCCAUAAGACAGUGCUAUCACCCAUACGUUAGGAGCAGCUCAUUAUUAACCACAGUAGACCAAAAACUCUUUACCCACUUGCAAGAUAAUCAUUUAAAAAAAUUGAUAGAAAACAAUCCAACAGCAGCCCAAUAAAGGCAUUGGGGCCACCAGCCAAUUUUCCCUGUUUUAAAGUCAAUAGUAUAUUAGCGUAUUUAUUUAUUACUGUACCCUGGUAUCUAGAGUAAAGGGAUAAAAGUACAGUAAUUGCUGAACAGACAUUGACUAUGUAUGUGGAAGGCAUACAUGGUAUAUAAUGAUGGUAUAGAAAGAUACCUUCUAAUAGUAUCAUAAUCUACAAUGGUGGGUUUCAUAUAAUUUCUAGUACAGAAGUAUUUAUCAUGAAUGCCAAUGUUUGGUCAUUAAGCACCAUUUAUUAAAUAAUAGACAUGUAUUUGUCACUUGUGUAUUAGUUAUUGGAUAAUGUGCACACUAGGUGUAAAUUAUAAGGUCAUUUUGCAGUAUCUGUGGGGAUACAUGGAUAUAUGAGGCCUCAAGUUUAGUGCUCAUGUACAGAGUACAGAAUAAUGUCUAAUAUGCAGUACUAAUACAGUUCAUUUCCUUAAAUGAUCUUAUUCUCCCUUAUGAAUGAUAGUAUUGUUGAAAAAUAAAAAACAUUUCCCUCAUACUAUACUAUAUUAUUUGCAGGUUUCUACAUUUAUGAAGUCAGUAUGUUCACAUCACUUGUGUUUUAUCAUUUAAACUUGUAUUUAGCAGAAGAGAUAAUUGAUGAGAUUUUAAACAUAAACAUCUUUCAUUUGUUUUUAUGUAUCAGCGGACUUAUUCCCAUUACUUUGUACCUGAUAUUUAAUGAAUGGAUUUUGCAUGUGUAACUGUUGCUUAAACAAUUGUUACAUAGUAUUAGGAAUAAGUCGACACCAACUUACAGUACUCCUUAGCGACCCAUACUGUACCUUGCCUCAUAUGCAGAAAAUAAAAUGUUUUGCAUUAAAACUGUGCAUUGCAAAUGACAAUUACAAAGCAAGCAAAUAAAUAAAAUACAUUGCACUGCA